AUGAGUACCAAACGGAAAUCUGUUUUAAUUAUUGGUGCUGGUAUAUCUGGUUUAGCUGCUGCUCAUUCUUUGCAUGAGAAUGGAUUUGAUGUUCAAAUUUUUGAAGCUCGAAAGGAGUUUGGAGGAAGAAUACGUAAGGAUGAUUCAUUUGCUGGGUUCACCCUCGAGGUAGGCGGCGAGGAAAUCCACAAAGUGAACAGUCCUUAUUACCAUCUAGCCCUGAAAAUGGGAGCUGAUCUUAAACCUGAUGACACACUCAAUCAUUACUUUGAAGACAUUGAAAAAGAAGAACUCAUUGAUAGAGAAGAAUUUUUAAACAAGUACAAUGACUAAUACUUCUACAAUGAAGUUGUUUAAAAUAGAGACAUCUAAGACGACUCUCAGUCACUCUAAAAUUUCUUUACCAAAAAGGGACUAAAAUCUCAAUUUUACCAGUGGUACGAAGCUUUCUGGGGUAUUGAAAACGGAGGUUCUCUGAAUGAAAUUUCUGUAAAAGCAUACGGAGAUUACGAAAGUGGUAGAAAGAGUGAUCAUGACUUAAAUUUCAUAUUGAUGAACACUUCUCACUAUGAGAUCAUUGAAAAAGCUUUUGAAUCUGUAUUACCUUUCAUUCAUUACUCUACUCCUAUCACUGAAAUCAACUACUUUGGUGAAAAAGAACACCCAUUAUAAAGAGACGAAGAUGAUGAAGAUGAAGAUAAUGACGAAGAUGACUGUAAAGGAAAGGAUUUCAAUAGAGUUAUCAUUUUCGAUAAGUAGGGAAAUAGAUACGAAGGAGACUAUAUCAUUGUCACAGUUCCUAUUUCUUAGUUGUAAAAUAAAACAAUUCGCUUUAAUCCAGAAUUACCACCUUAAAAGUAAGAUGCUAUUCGUCGUAUGAAGCUCGGAAGAGGAGGUAAAAUCCAUUUCAAAUUUAAGAAUAGAUUCUGGCCUGAUAAUGCAAGGACAAUCUUUUUAAGAUCUAAAAUCAGUUUCUUGUGGAAUCAAUACCACGAAUAGAAAGAUACUGAUGAAAUUCAAACUAAUGUCUUGGCUGGUCUUUUAGCUGGUGAUAUUAUGGAUGAAAUGCAAGAUCCUGAAAAAAGGUAGGCUCUUAUUGAUGAAGUUUUAGAAAAAAUGACUCGUGUCUUCAAAUACCCAAAUGCAAAGGAAGAAUUAUUAGAUGUUAUGUGGAAUGAUUUUACUAAUUUUGAAUACAUCUAAGGUAACUACUCAAUGCCAACUUUAAAUAUUGGUAGCUCUCGCUAUAUUUAUUAAUAGCCAGUUGAUAACAUACUAUUCUUUGCUGGAGAAGCUUCUCAUACUACCGAUUCGAUGACAAUUCAUGGUGCUUAUGAGACAGGUUUGCGUGACGCAUAGCGCAUCAUCGAUCUUCAGAAGGAAAAGAAGUGA